CGAUUGGCUAAUCACGUGGCACCGUCGGUCUCAUUCCUUAGGUUUUCCAUCCUUUCUACUCCUUCUUCGUAAAAGUUCGUCUGGCUAUCGAACUCGGAACAACUGGUUGGAAUAAUCGACGGGAUUUUUCUUGUUGACCAACUUGGCUUAACAAUCGUUCGUGUCGUCAACUACAAUGUAUCGCACACGAAAUCUUGUUGCUGGCUUGCUGCCCCUUUUACCUGGGGCGGCACCUGAACGAUUGGCUGUUUGGCUUGUCAAAGGCUAUGUGCAGAAUUCCUCGGCAAGAGCACCAUUGGCAGCAUUGAGCAUUCGGAAAUAUUCUGCAGCACCACCCCCACCUACACAGGCUGCUGCUGAACCUUUUCUCAAUGGAUCCUCAUCAGUUUAUGUUGAAGAAAUGUACAAUUCAUGGUUGCAAGACCCAAAAAGUGUCCAUGCAUCAUGGGACUCUUUUUUCCGAAAUGCCAGUGCAGGUGCUGGGCCGGGCCAAGCCUAUCAAGCACCACCGUCCUUGGCUGUACCUGGCAAAUAUGAAAUUCCAGUAACUGCUCUAGUGCCACAGUUUACGUCAUCAGGUGUUUCAACUGGUCUUCCUAUAGAUGAAAAAAUUAUUGACGAUCAUCUGGCAGUGCAGGCAAUCAUCCGCUCUUAUCAGACCAGAGGACAUCACAUAGCCGAUUUAGACCCGCUGGGCAUCAAUCUGGCUGAUCUGGACUCCACCGUCGCCCCUGAGCUGCAGCUCUCGAGCUAUCAUUUUGACAAUUUACCGCCAGGCACGGAUAAUGAUUAUCAGCUAUCUAAGAAGCAAGCGUACUACGAAUUGGCCCCUCCACUCGCCCGCUCCCUCCUAUGGCAGGAAAAGGAUAUGGACAGGGUUUUCAAACUGCCAGCCACCACUUACAUUGGGAAGCCGGACGAACGAGCACUGCCCCUCAGAGAGAUCCUCAGUCGAUUAGAGGCUGCGUACUGUCGUCACAUUGGUGUCGAAUUUAUGUUUAUCAACUCUUUGGAGCAAUGCAACUGGAUUCGAAAACGUUUCGAGACGCCCGGCGUCAUGAGUUUGGACGCUGAGGGAAAAAGACUCCUCCUCGCUCGUGUUACACGUGCUGCAGGAUUUGAGGCGUUCUUGGCCCGCAAAUGGACGUCUGAAAAGCGUUUCGGUUUGGAAGGCUGUGAAAUGCUUAUUCCAGCCAUGAAGACUAUUAUUGACAAGUCAAGCGAACUUGGUGUGGAAUCAAUCAUUAUGGGAAUGCCUCAUCGAGGUCGUUUGAAUGUAUUGGCGAAUGUUUGUCGCAAACCCCUUGAACAAAUCUUUGCUCAAUUUGCCGGCUUGGAAGCUGCCGAUGACGGGUCCGGAGACGUUAAAUAUCAUUUGGGCACGUACAUUGAGCGUUUGAAUCGCGUGACGAAUAAGAACAUCCGCUUAGCCGUUGUAGCUAACCCAUCGCAUUUGGAAGCCGUUGACACGAUCGUGCAGGGCAAAACGCGUGCCGAGCAGUUCUACAAGGGCGACAGCGAAGGCAAAAAGACGAUGUCGAUCCUUCUGCACGGUGACGCUGCUUUCUCUGGACAGGGUAUCGUUUACGAGACCUUUACUUUGUCCGACCUGCCAGAUUACACGACUCGCGGCACUAUUCACGUCGUGGCCAACAAUCAGAUCGGCUUCACCACCGAUCCCCGUCAUUCACGCUCGUCACCCUACUGCACAGAUGUAGCCCGUGUCGUGAAUGCCCCCAUCUUCCACGUCAACGCCGACGAUCCAGAGGCCGUUAUGCACGUUUGCAAAGUGGCCGCAGAGUGGCGCGCCACCUUCCAUAAGGAUGUGGUGGUAGACUUGGUGUCGUACCGUCGCGGCGGCCACAAUGAAAUCGACGAGCCUAUGUUUACGCAACCAUUGAUGUACAGCAAAAUCCGUAAGAUGAAGAGCGUCACGGAAAAAUACAGCGCUAAAUUGAUCGAAGAAGGCACCGUCACCAAGGAAGAGGUGGACGAUGUUCGCAACAAAUACGAGAAAAUCUGCGAAGAGGCUUACGUCAAGGCCCAGAAAGAGACUCAAAUCCGUUACAAGGAUUGGCUGGAUUCACCGUGGUCCGGUUUCUUUGAAGGUAAGAACCAAUUGAAGAUGGGCAACACCGGAGUGAUUGAAGAGACGUUGAAACACAUUGGCAAACGCUUUUCGAGCACACCACCCAAUGCUGCCGAAUUUGUCGUCCACAAGGGUAUCGAGCGUAUUCUUCGUGCCCGUAUGGAAAUGGUUGAAGCCCGAACGGUAGACUGGGCGCUCGGCGAAGCCAUGGCUUUCGGUUCGUUGCUCAAAGAAGGCAUCCACGUCCGUUUGUCGGGCCAGGAUGUGGAACGCGGCACUUUCAGCCACCGCCAUCACGUCUUGCAUCAUCAAACGUCAGACAAGUCGACGUACAAGCCACUGUGCAAUCUGUACCCCGAUCAAGCACCUUACACCGUCUGCAACAGCUCGCUGUCGGAAUUCGGUGUCCUCGGCUUUGAACUGGGGUACUCGAUGACUAAUCCCAACGCCCUCGUUUGCUGGGAAGCUCAAUUCGGUGAUUUCUUCAAUACCGCCCAAUGCAUUAUUGACCAGUUUAUCGCCUCCGGGCAGUCCAAAUGGGUUCGUCAGUCGGGUCUCGUCCUCCUUCUGCCGCACGGAAUGGAAGGCAUGGGUCCCGAACAUUCAUCGGCACGUCCCGAACGUUUCCUGCACGCCUGUUCCGAAGACCCGGAGACUUUCCCACCGGAGACGGAAGAGUUCGCUAUCCGUCAGCUGCACGACACCAACAUGAUCGUGGCCAACUGCUCGACUCCGGCCAAUUAUUUCCACCUCCUCCGCCGACAGAUCGCCAUGCCUUUCCGCAAACCGCUCAUCAUCUUCACGCCGAAGAGUUUGCUCCGUCAUCCCGAUGCGAAGUCGUCGUUUGACGACAUGGUCGAGACGACAGAGUUCAAACGGGCCAUCCCUGAAACCGGCGUCGCUGCUAACGAUCCUGGAUCGGUACGCAAGGUGAUCUUCUGCUCGGGUAAAGUCUACUACGAGCUGAAGAAAGCCCGCGAGGAGCGCGGCCUGGACAACACUGUGGCCAUCACUCGCAUCGAACAAAUCUGCCCGUUCCCAUUCGAUCUAAUUCGCGAUGAAAUCAACAAGUACCCCAAUGCCGAGUUGAAAUGGGUCCAGGAAGAACACAAGAAUAUGGGAGCGUGGUCAUUUGUCCAGCCCCGCUUUGAAACGGCUAUGCAAAAGUCCAGCGAACGACGCCUUAGUUGUCAACCCAACACUUCGUGGUGGCGACGUCAAUGGGCUCAGCUAACGGGUAGACCAAGCCCAACGGAUGUAGUUGUGACACAUCCAUCCGCCUCUGUUUCCGAUUGCGGCAGGCCUGUUAGUUACGUCGGACGUGGAGUGUCUGCCUCACCGGCCACUGGCAGCAAACGGCAACAUUUGAAGGAAGCAGCCCAAUUGCUGGCGGACGCCUUUGCUGGCCUGUAGAUGUUCACGCCAAAUAUCUUGUUAAACAAAAAUUCACGCAGCCCAACGUAGAGCAAAACGAUGAAGACGAUAGAGGAUGCGAAAGAAGGAAGAGUCCACAAUCGAGUUAACAAGAAGAAAGAAAAAAAAAAGAAAAGAAACUACCCAUCCUCAUAACCGCCGAUGGGGUUUGGCGUCAAAACCAACGAUGUAGUAGAAACUUUUGAUAAUCAAAGGAGGAGAACGCAGUCGUUAGUGUUUAACUUUUUUUUUUUCCUGCGUUUUAGCCACGUUUCACGAAUAUUAUCCUGUUUGUUUCAUCUCUUAGUUUCUUCUUCCCUGCCGUCCCGUCGCUCCCAGUUAAUGUGCCCACGUUUAAUUAGAGACGGCAAAGUGAUUAAAGUUCGUUUUUUUUUUUUUUUUUCCUUCCUGUUCUUUUUAUCUGGGAAACGUAGAGACAAAACGCCGGGCCUCUUCUAAAACUAAAAAAAAAAAAAGGCGUGACUAAAAAAAUGUUAUUUUUUUCCCCCCACAAACUACGCAUAUUCACAUUCGUAUGAGGUUGUGUUGCUUGCACAGGUCUGUACCGUUUGGAAAAUGUUAGUCUCAAUCUCGAAAUUUGUUUCGUCUUCUUAAUCUCGUCUUCAAAAAAAAAGAAAAAUAAUAAUAUAUACCAUUAAGAAUAUAUUAUCGCAUUACACACGAGGUUUAACAAACGAACACCUUAUGCAUUAUGACACACUUUCCUAUGCCUUGAGAAUUCACCUGAUUAUGUUUUUCGUCCCUCUUUUUGAUUCGUUUUCUUUGAGGGGGGAGGAUUCAUUUUGCACGUGUUGAAGUGUGUGUGUCCUCUUAAUGAUGUAGUGUGUCUCGUUCGUCAAGAGAAGUUACCAAGUUAGGUACGAAAAGAAAACUUAUGGAAGCUGACUUUAAAGCAAAAAAAAAAAUGGUUCUGGCCUUGUUUUUUUUUGUUUGGGAAUUUUUAUUGAUUGUGUCGCUUGUGCCUCGUUAACUACUGAGAACACGGGAGUCUGCAGCGCGUGCCGAACCAUUGAUGGAUGCCCGUCCAAACCGGCUGUCGAUUGGUUAAUGUUUAAUUUUUGCUGUACAGCACGAUCUUGCUUCCAUUUUUAUUUUCCUCGUUAUUUCCCCCUUAUUUUAAAACACACUUCCCUAUUCAUCCACAGCUCACCACUAAUUAAAAAAAAAUAAAAAGUAAUACACUUUUUCAUAGCGUUUUGACCUCAUA